AUGUAACCCAAGUAGCAUCCAAAAAGUUGCUUUCGCCCCUGAGCCUGAUCUCAGGCUACUCUGCCUGAACAAUUAUGGUCGAAGGUGUGUCUAGUGUUAUCUUGCUUAUCUUGCAAGGGGCGAUACCUUCAAGUCAUUUAGUAGACUCCAACCCAAGUAACAGGGAUAUGUCACCUCUAACGGAUGUUGAUACGGAAUCAUAUCCUAGCGAGGAGGAUACAGACGAUGAAUUACGAACAUUCUCAAGCGAAGAAGGCGACGAGAAUGAGUACAUGAUCAAGGUUUGUGGACCUAAGUUAUCUUCGUUUUGGAGAGACUUAUUCCCUUGCAGACGGAAAAACCAAAUAAAACGCAUCAUUCAGCAGAAAAGAUAUCGCAGCAGCGACGUAACCGUAGACUUGAUGUUCAAAUUUCUGAAGACAAUUGUUUAGCAAGCGCAAUAUUUCAUGAGGUGUCAGCCUCUGGAUCAAAUGUGCCUAUCGGUAAUAGCGAUAUCGGUCGACAUCCUUCAGGGAAGUCUAAAACUGAAGAGCGCAUACCGUGUAAUGCUGGAGGAA